AAUACACGUUUUCUUUCUACUUGUUGUCUUAUUGAUAUUCUUUUCUUUUGUUUACUCCGUCAAAGUUCCUCUACUCGUUUUUCUCUCCAACAGUUUUUCUCUACAACAGAACAGAGGCUGCCCCAACCAACCAGAACAAGAACAAGAAACAAGAAACAAACCAUGUGUUGCUGUGGCGAAGAUUGUGAAUGCAGGCCUUUAGGGUUUCUCUUAGGCCUUCCUUUUGCCUUUCUCUCACUACUCAUCUCUCUUGUUGGUGUUGUUGUGUGGAUUGUUGGGUUGGUGUUGAGUUGCAUAUGCCCAUGCUGCUUUUGCGUGACGUUGAUAGUUGAGUUCGCACUGGGACUGAUCAAGGCUCCCAUUCUUAUCAUGAAGUGGUUCACCUCCAAGAUUCCUUGUUAGGGUUUUUAUUUUUUCUUUUUAAAGAGUAUAUAUCUCAUUUUAUUUAGAUUCAUUUCUUGUUUUAAUUACCAUUGGAUUGCCUAUUCCUUUGGUAUUGGGAUGCGGAAUGGUUGACUUUUUUUUUUUUUUUUUUUUUUACAU